CAUGGUAACGUGUAAACAGAUGGCGCUUAUGUUACAUCUGCAUGUUGUUUAUCUGAUCAGUUGAUGAGCACAAAGUAGAAUGGAAUAAAGUUACGGUUUCGGAAACACAGAGAUUUCUGAUAACCCUCGGAGCAGCUAAUUUUAUUUUCAGUGCGUUUUAUAAAGAUUUAUGAGUUUAAAGUCAUCUGAAGAGCUGCAGCAUGGAUGAGGAUUUGUGCACCACUCUGGCCUACAACAGAAGUCCUAAAUCCUCUAAAAGAACCACUUUCCAGGAUGAGCUGGAGACAGCAGUUAAUGAGAGAGCUGUCAGGAACAGAGCCUUUCAUUUGACCUCUAAUGACUUUAGUGAUGAAGAUGAUGAUGUCCUGAAAGAGCUGCUGAAGACGAGGAGGAAGAAGAUGGACAUGUUCAAAGCCUCAAAAUCAAAAAUUUCACUUUCAGUUACUAAAAUGUCAGACGAAGAGGAGGAGAACAUCAGACCCAAAAAAGUCUCCUUCCUGAAGAACCAGAGAAAUUCUUACACUCACAACACAGACAAUCUCAGAUCAGAUGCAUUAAGAUCAGACACUCCAAGAUCAGACUGUUUUAGUUCAGACAGCCCCUUUAUUUCACACCAAAGUGUGACAGAGGCUCAGAAUCUAGACAGAAGUCAACAGGACUCAGACGCUGAAUCACCUCCACAACACAGCAGAUCAGAAUCUUCUGCCUGCAUGAAGAGCCUAUCAGAAUCGCCCUUGUCUCUUUAUUCAAAGAACAGUCAAUGGGAAUACAGCUCUGAGUGUGUGUCAGAUGCCACACCCCCGACACCUGCCCCCCGCCAGCGAGCAGAUAUUUACUCUGCUCGCAGUGGAUGUGAUGGAGAGGACGGACAAACACAAGCUCCAUCCAGCAGAGCUGCUAUGUCAGUGCUGUCCAACACCAUCACCAACACCAACACCUCUUUUCUGGCUGCAGGGAAUUCCGUGAUUGAUUCCCAGCAGGACUGUGUUUCUGUGAUGGUGAACACACACUCCAAGCCACUAGAGGGUACUGAGAGCACAGAUUUCUCAGCAGCAGAACAAAAAAAACAGGAAGAAUAUCAGUUUGGUUCUGAAGUCUCUCCUGUACCAGAUAAUGGAAUUUCCAGAUCUUCAGCUUUUCGACCAGGAAGCUCCAGAAAAUCCAGGAGCACAUCAUUAUACACUGCAGAGUCCAGAUAUCUGGGGACAUUAAAGGUUCUGGAGCAGAAGUUGUGUUUACAGGAGACAGGACUGGACACUGCUGAUUCGCUCAGAGCGACUGUUUAUCAGAACUGGUUAAAGAAUAAAAAAGAGAAUCUGCAGGUGACUCUCAGAGCUAAAAAACAAGAAGAAAAACUGAAAGAGGAGAAAAAAAUAAAGGAGGAACUGAGUAAGAAAUCUGAAGCCAAAGCAUCUUAUGAAGCGUGGAAAGAAAACAAACGUGAAGCUCUAAGAGAGAAGAUCAGAGACAAACAGGAAGCGAUGAGAAAACUGCAGAAAGAGAUGGAGGAUAUAGAGGAAAGGAAAGAAACUGCAAAACUGGUUUUUGAGAAAUGGAAGCGAGAACACGAUGACCUACUUCGUGAGCAGCUCCAAAAACAGGGGCACACCGAAAACAGGCUAAAAGAGAAAAAAGAGAAGGAGAAAGAAGAGAGAACAAGAGAGAGCAGUUCUUCAUUUACUCAGUGGAACGUCAGGAAGAAGAAGAUAAUUGAGGAGAAGCUAAAGUCUGAUAAUAGGAAGAAGGAAAUAAAAGAGAUUGAAGAGAAAUAUGAAAAGGAAGAAAGAGAAAGGACGGCGCUGGAGAUGUACGAGAAAUGGCUGAGAAGAAAAGAGUUUCAGCAGAAACGAGAGCAAAGAGAACGGAAAAUGAAGGCGGAGGAGCCGCAGACCCCAUGGAGCCCCCCGAACAGAACCGUCCCGUUUGGCAAAUGAUCCUCACCGUAUCUCUGGACAUACUGUAUAUCAUCACCGCCACUUUAUAAGUAACUUGCACUUUCAGACAGACACAGACACAAAUUUACCCAAAACUGCACAGGUGACAAAAGCAGCUGGUCUGUAUCUAAUCUUCACAUGUCCAGUUUAGAUUAGAUUAGUUUGUCCUCAUUCUGAAGCUUGAUGUGAAGAAGAACUGAACUUUUGAGCCGUGUUUGUGUAUGUAAUGAUUUUAUAUAGUUUAUAUAUCAUGUGGCUAUAUAGUAGAAGCAGGAGCUCUGAUGGAUCAGUGCGAUGUUGAAUCUGACAGGAAUCACAGUAGCUUGCACUGCUCCAAGUCUAAUCUAAUUAUAAAUCUGAUUAAUGUUGUUGCCUUAGUGUGAGACUGAUAAGCAAAUUAGUGGAAGAAGAUGAAGUGAAAUCUACAGCAUGCAGCAGGAAACAUCUCCUCAUCCUCAUCCUCAUCCUCAUCCUCCUUACAGCAGCAUCACUAAAACACUGAAGCUUCUAAAAGCCUUUUUUCUGAUAUUGUUGAAUUUAAAUCCUGAAGCUGUUUAUUAUUUUAAAGUCACUUUAUUGUGUACUUUAAUUUGUGUGUUUUCAUGGUCCUGCUGCACAACAACAUAAUUCAGUAUGUAUUAAUCCUGAGAUGAAUCUCUUUAGGUCUAAUUUUAUAAAAUAAAAGCAUU